AGAACUCCGUCUCUCAAGCCAGGCGCCGGUUGCUGGAGGAGAGUGAGCGAGCAAUGCUGCCGCCACCGCUUCCUGAUUGGCUGCGGGUGGCUCCCUCUUCGUCCUGAUUGGCAGUUUGUGAGCUGGAUGAUGCUGAGCAAGGGCCUGAAGCGAAAGCGGGAGGAGGAGGAGGAGAAGGAAGCCCUGGCAGUUGACGCCUGGUGGCUGGAUUCCGGCCACCCAGCAGUGGCACAGGCACCCCAGUCGGUGGCCUCCAGUUCCCUGUUCGACCUUUCGGUGCUCAAGCUCCAUCACAGCCUGCGGCAGAGUGAGCCGGACCUGCGGCACCUGGUGCUGGUUGUGAACACGCUACGGCGAAUCCAGGCGUCCAUGGCACCCGCGGCUGCUCUGCCACCUGUGCCCACCCCGCCUACAUCCCCUGGUGUGGUGGACAACCUGCUGACCAGCUCGGACGCCGCCCUCUCGGCCUCCAUGGCCAGCCUCCUGGAGGACCUCAGCCAUAUUGAGGGCCUGAGUCAGGCCCCCCAGCCCCUGGUAGAUGAGGGGCCACCAGGCCGCCCCACUGGGGGAGCCCCACCCAGCCUGGGUGCCUUGGACCUGCUGGGCCCGGCCACUGGCUGUCUGCUGGACGAUGGGCUUGAGGGCCUGUUUGAGGACAUUGAUACCUCCAUGUAUGACAGUGAACUUUGGGCACCAGCCUCUGAGGGCCACAAAUCCAGCCCGGAGGGUGGACCAGGCAAGGAGGAAGCUCCAGAGCUGGACGAGGCCGAGCUGGACUACCUCAUGGACGUGCUGGUGGGCACACAGGCACUGGAGCGGCCACCAGGGCCGGGGCGCUGACCCCCAGGGAUGGAGUGGUGAGCUGGUGUCCAAACUGAGCCUGGUGGCUGGACCAACUCUCCUUAAAGACACAGCUGGCUUCCCUAGAGAGGGACUUUGGAGAGAAGGAAUCCUGUCCUGGGCAAGUUUACCUCCACCCUCCAUCCCCUUCACUUCUGGCUGAUGGGGGGAGUCUGGGAUGGGCUCCUGUGAUGAAAUGCCAGGGCCUGGUGGCUGGAAUGUGAUUGGACCAGGCCCAGUGUUGAAUUCCCAGAGGUCAAAGCCUGGUAUCCCUUUUCCCUGAUGUGGGAAGAGACCCCAACCAGUUUUGUGAAAUUAAAGCCGGUCCUGGGAAGUCUCAAA